AUGCGGAAGGCAGUGGCAAAAGCAAAGCCUGCCGCAAAGCAGCAGCAGCAGCAGAGCAGCAGCGGCAGCAGGGCCAGCAGCAGCAGCGAUAGCUGCAGCGAAGCCAGUGGUGACACUAGCAGAGAACACAACAGCAGCAGCAGCGGCAGCAGCAGCGGCAGUAGCAGCGGCAGCAGCAGCAGCAGCAGUGCCAAGGGAAGCAGCAGCGAAACAGAGUCAUCGGCCGCUCAGCCGCAGCGGGCAUUCGGUGCUCCCGCAGCAGCAGCAACAGCAACAGGAGCAGCAAAGAAGUCAUCUAGCUCCUCCGCCAGCAGCAGCAGCAGCAGCAACAGCAGCACCUCGUCCGAUGAGGAGACACCGCAGUACUGUGUUUGCGCGCCGCAGCAGCCAGCCCCUGCCCGCAGCAGCAACAGCAGCAGCGGCAGCAGCAGCUCUGAAGGGCCGGCGCGGCAGCAGAGCAGCAGCAGCAACAGCAGCAGCGAAAAUAGGCAGCUGCUAACAAUACUCGUGCUGCAGCAGCAAGAACGGAAGCUGACAGAUAAACGCUACGCUGUGGUUGCAGCAGCAAGUCGUCAGGGAGCACCGCAGCAGCAGCGGAAGAAACGAACGACCUGCAGCAGCAACAACAGCAACAGCAGCAGCAACAGCAACAGUAGCAGAGCAGCAGCUACAGCAGCAGCUCGUGAGGAAAUGGUAAACCCUGCAUGUCUGAUAUCUUUUGUAAUUAGGACGAAGGAUUAA